UUUAGAUAAAAAAGAAUUAGAUUUAGUUUUGAUGGGUCAGCUUAUGGAAUUUGAAUAUAAUCAAGCAAAUGAAAAACAUAAUUUUAAUUAUCAAUUUAAUAAUGAUAUUAAACUUUGUAAAAAUAUAUAUCUCAAGUUAAUUGGAGUUGGAAGUGAUUAUCUUGCCCAA